AUGAGUGGUUUAGCCGACCCUCCUUCCUCAAGGCAUACCUUCACCGGAGCUCCAGACGUUCGCGGUAAGACACGAAAUCUUCCGGUCCUUCCAUCCUCUGCGCAUCACUCCGCUGGUGCAAUGGUGGUCACACCCCCUCCCUCCGGGCCAACUGGCAUCGUGCCCGUUCACAGUAGCCCCGAUGGCGACCGCGGGAUCAACUCCAAUGGCCCCGAAGCUGGGAACACAAGUAAUCCCCCAAACCCGGCCGUUGGGGCCGCAGCCGCAGCUCAGCAACCCAAAGUGGUACAGACUGCUUUUAUUCACAAGCUAUACAACAUGCUUGAGGAUAGUAGCAUCCAACACCUUAUCUCCUGGUCAAGCACCAACGAUAGCUUUGUCAUGUCACCAACCUCGGAGUUCUCCAAAGUUUUAGCCCAAUACUUCAAGCACACCAAUAUUUCUUCUUUCGUCCGACAACUAAACAUGUACGGGUUUCACAAAGUGAGCGAUGUAUUUCAUACGGGAUCUCCAGACUCUGCGUUGUGGGAAUUUAAGCAUGGAAAUGGCAACUUCAAACGAGGUGACUUGGUCGGCCUUCGAGAGAUCAAACGACGUGCGUCGCGACACGCUUUAAUUCAUCGCGACUCAUUCCCUGGUCAUAAGCCUGCUCCAUCACAACCGGGUACCCCCGCGGAACCCGUUCAGGAUGCGACUGAAGCCAGACUCAUGAGCCUCGAACACACCCUCUAUGACAUGCAUAAUCGUUUGGCUCGCGCGGAAGAAGGCAAUGUGGUGCUAAAUUCGCGAUGCCAAAGCAUGGCCGAGGGACUUGCAAAAUGCUAUCAUUGGACCCAUUCCAUUUCUCGCUUUCUCUCAGCAGUUGUCCCGGACAGGGAAUCUCCUCUCUACCGUGACAUCUCGAGUAUGCAAAGGGAAGUCGAGAAGCACUUGGAAGCAGUCCGUGCCAUGGAAGCUGCUUCCGAAACUCUCAUGCCGCCUCGCCAACCCUAUUUCGGGAACUUACCAAUGGAAACUGGACCGCCGCUGUCCCCUCGCCAAUUACCCCAAGAUGAUAGCCGACGGCCGUCCAUGAUGGACCCCUCUCGAUCGAACAUGAUUCGACCACCCGUUCCUCCGCAUCUUGCAUCGCCUCGUCGUUAUGGUUCCAUCGGAGGUGCCAAUGCACCACCUAAUUAUAAUCGGUCACAGGUUCCUCCCGUUGCACCGCAACAACCAACACCCCAUCCUCUAUCGAUAACUACCCCUUCGGGACCUCACCUUGGCCGACGUCACACGUUUGCAGACAUUCGGCAACCCGAUUGGCCUCCCCCUGGAACUUCUCCUUUCCCACCCGGUAACCCCGGAAGUGCACCUUGGCCCUCGUCUCCGAACCGGGCACCGGCAUCUAGUGAACAGCAAGUCCGGGAUGUUCUCGCCCAGUACGAGAUGGGUGCACCGCGCGCUCGUCUUCAGGACCAAUUCCGUCACGCAACUCCACCAGCCGGUGCCGAGCCAUCCCCAUCAAUUCUCAGCGCUGACAAUGGCUGGACACUCGGAGGAUCUAGAUACCCUCGUCAAGAAUCGUCCCUGCCAGCCACCCGCCGCUCUAGCAUGGCAAGCAAUGUCCACUCGCUUCUGAAUCCCGCUGAUACUGCCGAACGACCGGAUGAGGAGCAGCAGGAAGAUCGCAAGCGAAAACGCCUGGAAUAA